GUGGCCAGCAGAUGAGGGCCCCCCACAGCAACAGCAGCAGCAGCAGCAGCAGCAAAAACAGUACGGCUUAAUAUCUCCGCCGAAACCCUCUGCCCCAGACCGCCGGCUUCGCUUCUGGACCCGCACUGAGGAGGCGCUUUUGCUGGAAGGCGUCAAGAGGUUUGGCAAGGGCAGCUGGAGGGAAAUUCAGCAG